AUGCCUCAGCAUCAGAGAACUGGAAAUUCGACUUCCCGCGCAAGCAGUGCCAGCAGUAGCAGCAAUCAUCAUGAAGGAAAACACAGGCAUGCAUCACACGGCUCUGAAUCAAGACGGGAGCCUGAUUCGCAUGGCUCCCGAUUCAUCAUUGUCCGAGAGGUCUAUUAUGACUCGGAUGACGCAGACUCGACGACAUCAGCUGCCGAUGAAGACUAUAAUAUCUCAUUGCUCGAAUUCUGCACGCUGAAGCCAUCAUUCUGGGAGGCGGACUGCUGGUGGUGCAAGAUGAUAGCUCUAGUUGCACCUCUACUAGUGAUUCUAUUUUACUAUUAUAUCACAUGCUUCAAGGGGUUUCUUCAGUGGGAUGCUAAUAUGUGGCUGAAAGAAGCAAAGGCUGGGUCUGAGAAGGCUAAAAAUCCUAAAGUCAAGGAAAAGUUCGACGGCUAUAGAAGAGAAUUAGAAUAUAUCCACAACCAGCUUUCUAGCCUCAGGGAUCCAGAUCGCAACUCUUUUCAAUCGAUGGCAUCAUACAACAAUUUUUGCGUUCGUCUAUUGAAUGAGAGGAAGCAGUUUGAUAUUGGUCGUAGAAUUGCGGGUACUAAGAUAGAAUAA